AUGACGGAGAGUCUAGACAACGACCGUCCGGUCCCUCCAUCUCUCCAUUCCGGUGCCGGCAAUGUCGUCGAUAAUCCUGAAUCCUUCCAAUUGUUAGAGCUGAACAUCAUCUCCGCGCAGGACCUAGCGAUGGUUGCGCGCACCAUGCGCACGUACGCGGUCGCCUGGGUCCACCCCGACCGGAAGCUGUCGACCCGGGUGGACUCCAACGGCCGGAACAGCCCCACGUGGAACGACAAGUUCGUGUUCCGGGUCGACGAGGAGUUCCUCCGGUCCGACACGUCCGGGGUCAUGAUCGAGAUCUACGCCGUGCAUUGGUUCAAGGACGUGCUGGUGGGCAGGGUGCGGGUCCUCGUGGGCCACCUCGUGACCCCGCAGCCCCAUCCGUUCCGCCACCAACAGCACCACGUCGGAAUGCGCUUCGUGGCCCUCCAGGUGCGACGCCCCUCGGGGCGGCCUCAGGGCAUACUGAACAUCGGCGUGGCGGUGCUCGACAGCUCCAUGCGGAGCAUGCCACUGUAUAUGCAGCUCAACGCCUCCGCCGUCGGCUACCGCGACCUAAUGGGCGAGGAAGAUCCGUAUCAUCACCAUCACCAUCACCAUCACCAUCACAACAACAAUCUUUUGCCUUCUUCUAAUCAUCCUAAUCAACAGGAGCAGCCGCAGCGAAAAAAACCGGAACUCAGGCGGACCAAGAGCGACACGAGUUCGAUUAUGGCCGCAGGACAAGUUAAGACGUUGAAAAGAAAGGUAUCGUUCCUCAACAGGCCGAACUCCGUCAUCAACGGCUCGGAGGACGGCAACCACAAGACCGGGUCCGAUAUGUCGCCUAAUCCAAAGCCCUAUGCGAAGGCCGAGGAUUUGGACAUGGCGAUGGUUCCCUUCCAGCAGAUCCCGGGCGCCCAGAAGCCCCUCACCAAGAACGCGGCGUUGGAUUUCGAAGCUCUUCCGAGCAAGCCGGGUCAGCUAAUCAUCACGGAAUCCGAGCUGGGCCCGUCGCCCUCCGAGGUGGCAGCGGCAGUGGCGGCGAAGGAGAGGUACAAGGAGAAGGAGGUCGAGAGCCCGGUCGUGGGCGGGUGGAGCCUGAACGAGAGCGUGGAAGGGUUACAGUCUAAGCUCGAGAGGUGGCGGAUGGAGCUUCCGACGUUGUAUGACCGUGGUGACUACUCGAGCUUACCGUCGAGCGGCAGCGGCAACAACAACAACAUUGUCAAGUCUAAGUCAAGCGGCCGGCGACACGUUCGACGGCACACUGACGGUGGAGGAGGUGGAAGCCUGUUCUCCUGUGUGGGUAACAUAUGUGGAUUGGAAUGCACCAUAGUUUGUGGAAAUAAUGAACCUCCCUAG